UUAAGCUGACCUAAUGGAACUAGACAUGGCAAUGGAGCCAGAUCGCAAAGCUGCAGUCAGCCACUGGCAGCAACAGUCUUAUCUAGAUUCUGGCAUUCAUUCUGGAGCCACAACUACUGCUCCAUCUCUGAGUGGCAAAGGAAAUCCAGAUGAUGAAGAUGUGGAUACAUCCCAAGUACUCUAUGAAUGGGAACAGGGAUUUUCACAGCCUUUCACUCAAGAUCAAGUGACGGAUAUCGAUGGGCAGUUUGCAAUGACCAGAGCUCAGAGAGUUCGGGCUGCCAUGUUUCCUGAAACCUUAGAUGAAGGCAUGCAAAUUCCAUCCACACAGUUUGAUUCUGCCCAUCCUACAAACGUGCAGCGCCUGGCUGAGCCUUCACAGAUGCUUAAACAUGCUGUGGUGAACUUGAUAAACUACCAAGAUGAUGCUGAGCUUGCAACCCGUGCUAUCCCAGAGCUAACCAAACUACUCAAUGAUGAGGACCAGGUUGUUGUAAACAAGGCUGCAGUUAUGGUUCAUCAGCUUUCCAAGAAAGAAGCCUCCCGCCAUGCCAUCAUGCGCUCUCCACAGAUGGUGUCUGCAAUUGUUCGCACAAUGCAAAAUACAAAUGAUGUUGAAACUGCACGCUGUACUGCUGGAACUCUCCACAAUCUCUCUCAUCAUCGUGAGGGCUUGUUGGCCAUCUUUAAAUCUGGAGGCAUUCCAGCUUUGGUCAAAAUGCUUGGGUCACCGGUAGACUCUGUGCUGUUCUAUGCCAUCACAACUCUGCACAACUUGCUAUUACAUCAAGAAGGUGCAAAAAUGGCUGUACGUUUGGCUGGUGGUCUUCAGAAAAUGGUUGCAUUGCUGAACAAAACAAAUGUCAAAUUUCUAGCAAUUACUACAGACUGUCUUCAGAUAUUGGCUUAUGGAAAUCAAGAAAGCAAGUUGAUUAUCCUUGCAAGUGGAGGACCUCAAGCCUUGGUGACAAUAAUGCGCACUUACAGUUAUGAGAAACUUCUGUGGACCACAAGCCGUGUAUUGAAGGUUCUUUCUGUAUGCUCCAGCAACAAGCCUGCUAUUGUUGAAGCUGGUGGUAUGCAAGCUUUGGGGUUGCACCUCACAGACCCAAGCCAGCGUCUUGUUCAGAAUUGCCUCUGGACUCUAAGAAAUCUUUCAGAUGCUGCAACUAAGCAGGAGGGAAUGGAAGGCCUUCUAGGAACCCUUGUUCAACUUCUUGGAUCAGAUGAUAUCAAUGUUGUAACGUGUGCAGCUGGUAUCCUGUCAAAUCUUACAUGUAACAAUUACAAAAACAAAAUGAUGGUCUGCCAAGUUGGUGGUAUUGAAGCACUGGUCCGCACAGUUCUCCGUGCUGGUGAUAGAGAAGAUAUUACUGAGCCUGCUAUAUGUGCCCUUCGUCACCUUACCAGCAGGCAUCAGGAAGCUGAGAUGGCACAAAAUGCUGUUCGCCUCCACUAUGGACUACCAGUUGUUGUUAAGUUAUUACAUCCGCCUUCUCACUGGCCAUUAAUCAAGGCCACUGUGGGGUUAAUACGUAAUCUGGCUCUUUGUCCAGCUAAUCAUGCACCUCUACGGGAGCAAGGUGCAAUUCCAAGACUGGUCCAAUUGUUGGUUCGUGCACACCAAGACACACAGCGCCGCACAUCCAUGGGUGGAACACAGCAACAAUUUGUGGAAGGGGUGCGUAUGGAAGAAAUUGUUGAAGGCUGCACAGGAGCCCUACACAUCCUUGCACGUGAUGUACACAACAGAAUUGUGAUCAGAGGUCUGAAUACCAUUCCAUUGUUUGUACAGCUGUUGUACUCUCCUAUUGAAAACAUCCAGAGAGUUGCAGCUGGUGUUCUUUGUGAGCUGGCCCAGGACAAGGAGGCUGCUGAAGCUAUUGAAGCUGAAGGAGCUACAGCACCACUUACAGAGCUGCUUCAUUCACGAAAUGAGGGAGUCGCAACAUAUGCAGCAGCUGUUCUGUUCCGUAUGUCUGAAGACAAACCUCAGGAUUACAAGAAGCGGUUAUCUGUUGAACUGACCAGCUCUCUGUUCAGGACUGAGCCUAUGCCUUGGAAUGAGGCUGGUGAUCUUGGUGUAGAUAUUUGUGCCCAGGGAGAGCCUCUUGGAUACAGACAAGAUGAUCCCAGUUACAGAUCUUUUCAUGCUGGAGGAUAUGGGCAAGAUGCAAUGGGAAUGGACCCAAUGAUGGAUCAUGACAUGGGAGGUCAUCAUCCAGGAGCCGAAUACCCAGUUGAUGGUUUGCCGGACUUAGGCCAUGCUCAGGAUCUUAUGGAUGGACUGCCACCAGGCGACAGCAAUCAGUUGGCCUGGUUUGACACGGACUUGUAA